AUGAGUCAACUUAAUUUAGUAGCAUUAGAAAGAGCAUGUGCAGAGUCACGUGGUUUAUCAAUGGAUGCUGUAGCCAAGGCUGCAUCAGGUCAUUUAGGUUUACCAUUGGGUGCUGCUGAAAUAGGUGCUGUAUUAUUUGGUAGUGCUUUAAAUUAUAACCCAGAACAACCAAGAUGGUUAAAUAGAGAUUAUUUUAUACUUUCAGCAGGACAUGGAUCAAUGUUUUUAUACAGUUGGUUGAAUUUAUCUGGGUAUGAAUUGUCGGUAGAGGAUAUUAAAAACUUCCGUCAAUUAAACUCAAAGACACCGGGACAUCCAGAGUUUCAUCAUACCGUUGGUGUAGAAGCCACUACUGGUCCAUUGGGACAGGGUGUUGGUAAUGCUGUUGGUAUUGCCUCUGCCUGUAAGAUGUCGGCUGGCAAGUUCAACACUGAACAACACAAGAUUUUCGAUCAAAAGGUGGUCGUAUUGUGUGGUGAUGGUUGUUUGCAAGAGGGUAUUGCUCAAGAGGCCCUAUCGUUUGCCGGUCACCACCGUUUGGACAACUUGGUCGUUAUUUACGACUCUAAUGAUGUGACUUUGGAUGCCAUGGCCAUCGAGUCGCAAAGUGAAGACACUGUCAAGCGUUUCGAAUCACUUGGCUUUGAAGUGCAACUCGUCACCGAGGGUAACAACCUCACCGAGAUUGCCAACGCCUAUGAGCGUGCUCGUACCUCCAAGUCGGCCAAGCCACACGCCAUCAUCUGCAAGACUGUCAUUGCCAAGGGUAUCCCAGAGGUCAGUGGCACCAACAAGGGUCACGGUGAAGCCGGUGUCAAGUUUAUCGACGCCGCUCGUAAGAACCUCGGUCUCCCAGAGGAAAAGUUCUUUGUCUCCAAGGAUACUCGCGACUACUUUAACCAACACAAGCAACAAUUGCUCGUCAAAUACAAUCAAUGGGACAAGACCUUCCAAGAAUGGAGAUCUGCCAACCCAGCCCUCGCCACUCUCCUCGACUCUGCCAACAUUGACCUCAAGUCAUGUGAGCUUGUCACCAAGAUCCCAGAAUUCAAUGUAAAGGACACCAUUGCCACCAGAAAGGCCGGUUCCGAUGUUCUCCAACCACUCGCUCAAGAAUUGCCAUUGUUGAUCUCUGGAAGUGCCGAUUUGCACGGAUCUACACUCAACUAUAUCAAGGAUGGUCGUGAUUUCACACCAGCCUGUCCAUCGGGACGUAAUAUCAAGUUUGGUAUUCGUGAACAUGCCAUGGGAGCCAUGAUGAAUGGUUUUGCCUACCACGGUAUCUUUAAGGCCUCUGGUGCCACCUUCCUCGUCUUUUCCGACUAUCUCCGUCCAUCGAUUCGUUUGGCCGCUCUCUGUAACCUCUCGGUCACCUAUAUCUUUACACACGACUCUAUCGGUGUCGGAGAAGACGGACCAACUCAUCAACCGGUCGAGACUGUCUCUGGACUCAGAAUGAUCCCCAACUUGGACGUUAUGAGACCAGCCGACCCUGAAGAGACUGCUGCCGCCUUUGCCAGCGCCAUUGCCAGAAAGUGUGGUCCAACCCUCUUGGCCCUCUCCCGUCAAAACCUCCCAAAUCUCUCUACCGUCACCUCGACCGACGCCGUCGCCCGUCGUAAGGGUACCCUGCAAGGUGGUUACAUCUUGGUCAAGGAAGAAUCUGAUCUCGAGGUCAUCAUCAUUGCCACUGGCUCUGAAGUUCAACAUGCCGUAGAAGCUGCCAAACAAAUUGGAAAGGGUGCUCGUGUCGUCUCGAUGCCAUGUACCGAACGUUUCGAUCGUCAACCAGAGGAAUACCGUCAAACUGUCCUCCCAUUGUCUUGUCGCAAGAGAGUGGCCAUCGAAGCUGGUGUCACUGCUUUUUGGUACAAAUAUGUUGGUCUCGAUGGAAAGGUCAUUGGUAUUGAUAGAUUCGGUCUUUCUGCUCCAGGUUCAAUUGUCAUGAAAGAAUUGGGUAUUAAUUCUCAAUCAAUUUUAAAUGCUCUUAAAAAUUAA